AUGAAGUGGCAGCCGUUCAUGUCCAUGUUCAUGCUGAACAAUAUGUGUGAGCUCAUCUCUAGUGGAGUUAGGACUGGCAAGGGCUUCAAGGAGGUGCACUUGAACACCGUUGCGAAGCAGGUGUUCGAGUUCUGUGGGCAAGAGGUGUCUGCCACCCAGCACAUCUUUUCCUUCGGGCUAGCAACUGGGAAGCAUGCCAUGGGCUCGGGUGAGCCUCUUGGUUCUCCCAUGCCAGACUUCCCUGGGACAUCGGACGUCGAGGUCCUUGAUGGCCCUAACAAGCCUGCUGCGAAGCCCUUCGACAAGCCAUUUGACCCCGUCCAUGAUAGGAAGAUGAAGAGAGGAGGCCUGAUGGAGGAGGAGAUCAAUGUCUUCCGCAGCAUGACUGAGUUAGUGAAGGAGGUGGCAACAGCCAUCAGGGAGUGCAAGCCCCUCGACGUCCUCCCUGACAUGUAUGGCGUUGUCAUGACCCAGGGUGGAUUCAGCGACGAGGCUGUCAUGGCAGCUCUCAGCCACCUACUUGACAACAAGGCCAUGGCCGACGCUCACAGGGUGCUGUGGCUCAGGAGCUGGCUGGGGAAAGUGGUAUGCCGUGUUCAUCGGUGA